GAGCUAUUGAAUCUAUCCCCCUGCAUCUUUCGCUUGACAUCAUACGACUUGAUGAUGCUCUCGGGGAGAGCUGGGGACUGCCUAUGCAGGCGUGUCAAACAUGGCAGUCGUUCAAAAACCUACUGACAGUAGUCGUCUACGCGAAUGAACGCCCGGGUCUGAACCAUAUAGUCCAGGGCCAAUUCCAAGUGACUCUUGCAAAGACGGGGCGUAAGAUUAUGGAAAAUAAUCAAUGGACGUCAAUAGUCAAAGCCGGUGCCCAUCUACAGCAGGCCAUGAUUGUUCCGGAACUUCCUUAUAUGGAAGGUGCUUGCCCACAUUCUGAUUGUGCUGGUACACUGGUGAGCGAGAUUGGCGAAAUUGACAAGAAAUGCUCUACGUGUGGCCGAAUCACAAAUACGGAGAGGCUGGUCCCCCAACUACUUCGAGUUUAUCCUGAGACAUGGUUGGAUCCAAUAUUGCCUAACGAAGAUGAACCACCUCCUGCCCAGACCAGCGCCCAACAGACACGUCCACACCAUUCGACGAGAUCCAUACGACCGAUCAUAGAUCACACACACCUGUUUCGCCGUAUACAAAUCUACGAGCGACAGCCUCCUCUUUCAUCUAAGGAAGAAGCAUACGAGAAACUAGCAGAGGAUGCAUCCCACUUUCAAGCUAAUCUAUAUCUUGGAUGGCAUGCUCUUCGCAUUAACUCAAAUGAUGAAGCCAUUCGUCGCCUGAAACAGGCUGUUGCUGCAGGUAUGCUUAUCAAUUGGUCGUGCAAAGAACAGGGAAUUGACAGGCUCAACAUAGACGACGGCGACUGGGUUACCUUCUAUCUUCUGGCGAGGGCUUUCCUGGAACUGGAUCGUCGAACAGAAGCGCAUGACGCACUCCAGCAAGCCGUAUAUCGCAACGGGCGUGUUCCUGACAUCUGGAUUACUGUGGCUAUUCUGUUCUUCAUGGAAGACCAGUACCGUGAUAGUUUAGAUGCGCUGGCAAGAAGUGUUCGAUUUAAUGCUCAUACAUGGGAGUCGUGGUAUAAUCUUGGGGUCCUGUAUGACCAUUGCAGACAACCAACUGAUGUCCUAGACGCUCUUGGUCGAGCCUCUGAGCUGAAUCCUUCUCACCUUGAGAGCCGUCGUCGAAUAGAAGAGUUGAAGGGAUUGCAACCAGGCGCUUCUGGGGAGCAUCUCAACAUCAUGAUCCACUGUGAAUUGCUCCAUAUAUCAGAACCGAUACCCGUAUUCAUCGAGGAUGAAAGUAUCCAUGUCAAUCCGCUCAAUCUCGAAGAUGAGGAAGAAUGGCUCACCGAGAGGGAAGGAAACGGAGAUGCGGGCGAUGUGUUUGAGAGCGACGAUGACGAUGAAGAUGCCACAGUCUGGAGACAGAGGCAUAGGUCAUUUCAUGUCAACAUAGACCUUCAGACACCCCUGAAGCUUUCAAAGCUUGAGUUGCAUCCGGAAAAUCAGUGGGACGAUUUCCACUCACCUUUCAUCUCCGGCAACCCUGAUAAAUCUUAUGCUGCCAGGCUGAAUUUCCUAAUCCGCGAUACUAAGGGGAACUUUGAACAAGCCCUUGCUCUGACUCUUACGUUGGGAUGGGCCAGUUCGCAUCAACAGCCCUUCGCCGUACUUUACGGUUCUCAACGGUUGGUGAGCACUGACAGGCUACUAAUGAUCAGAAACGUUCUCCCGGAUGACUUCCCGGACCUUGUCAAAGACGAUCUCGACUGGGGCAGUUCGCAUGAAGAGACAUUUGAAAAGGCACUUUCGAGCAUCUGCACAAACCCUCAAUUUCAGGCUACGGAGGUAGAGUUCGUCACCAAGAAGAUGACUUACGGGCAACCUGGCACUCGCAUGGUUAAAGAUUACCGUGCCACUUUCAGGGUCGAAUUAGAGACGCACAAAGACCACGACGGUAUCAUCACCUAUCAUGCUUCUCUGUCUGGCAAGACCUAA